GCUUCCCCAAUCCCCACCAGGUCGCCGCUUGCUUUUGGAAGCAGCAGCCAAUCGCGCGGGAGGCGGGGGAGGAGGAGAGAGGGGAGAGAGGGAGGAGGGGUCACGAGGCCCGCGCCGCGCGCUCGUCCUCGUCGUCCUCGCCGCCCUAACCGCCCCUCCUCGCCCGCGUCCACGCGCGGCGUCGUAGCGCCCCCCCCCCCCCAUCCGAAUCCGCGCCCCCACGUAGCACGCAGGCACCGGCUUCCUUUUAAAAGCCUCGGUCGAGAUGGCCGCAGGGCUUCCGUGUCCCCACCACGUCGUCCUCGUACUAGUCCUCCUGGCUUCCCUUUUUCUGCGUCCCCGCGCGGUCGAGAUGGCGCCGACUCCCGCCGCCGUAGCCGGCGGGUCCGGCGACGAGGGCGCCAGCGCGCUGCUCGGGCUCCUGCUGCGGGUGCAGUCGGAGGCGCUGCGCGCGCUGGGGCCCGACGGCUUUGACCCCAAGCUCUACGUCGACCUGCCGCUGGCGGCCGACGAGCGCGCCGCGGCGGCCGCGCUGCCGGGCCAGGGCCAGGCGCCGCCGUCGCGGGAGGAGCUGGAGUCCUACCUCGCGCGCUACUUCGGGGCGGCCGGGUCCGACCUCGUGGCGGCGGACCCGCUGGACUUCGAGGCGGAGCCGCGCGGGUUCCUGCCCCGCGUCGAGAGCCCCGAGGCGCGGGCGUGGGCGCUGGAGGUACACGCGCUCUGGAAGGACCUGGCGCGGCGGGUGGCGCGCGGCGUCGAGGAACGGCCGGACCGGCACACGCUGCUGCCGCUGCCCGGCGGGGUCGUCGUGCCGGGCUCCAGGUUCCGGGAGGUCUACUACUGGGACUCCUACUGGGUCGUCAGGGGAUUACUGGUGAGCAAAAUGUACGACACAGCAAAGGAUAUUGUGCUUAACCUUGUACACCUGGUGAAAAAAUAUGGUUUUGUUCUGAACGGUGCAAGAUCCUACUACACUAACCGAAGCCAACCACCACUUUUAAGCUCGAUGGUUUUGGAAGUAUACAGGGCAACUGGUGAUGUGGAGUUUGUUAGGAAAGCAUUCCACUCUCUGCUGAAAGAGCAUAGCUUCUGGAUGUCAGAUAUUCAUAAUGUAGCUAUUAGGGACAAUCAUGGCCAGGUCCAUAAUUUGUCUCGAUACCAGGCAAGGUGGAACAAACCUAGGCCGGAAAGUGCGACAAUUGAUGAGGAACUAGCUUCGAAGAUCAACUCUAUAGCUGAUAAGGAAAAACUUUACCACCAAAUUGCUUCAACAGCAGAAUCAGGAUGGGAUUUUAGCUCUCGAUGGAUGAGAAAUUCUACUGACAUGACAACGUUGGCAACAACUUACAUUAUACCUGUGGACCUGAACACAUUCAUAUUUAAGAUGGAGCAGGACAUAGCUGCCUUUGCAAAAAUCAUUGGAGAGAAUGCGACAUCUGAAAAGUUUUUAGAGGCUUCAAAAGCACGUCAUAUUGCAAUUGACUCUAUUCUGUGGAACUCUGAGAUGGAGCAGUGGCUUGACUACUGGCUUCCUACUGAUGGAGAUUGCCAGCAGGGAGUCUACCAAUGGAAGUCUGACUCACAGAACCGCAAAAUAUUUGCUUCAAACUUCUUUCCGUUGUGGCUAAAUGCUUAUCAUUCAGGAUCAGUGAAAUUUGCGGACACUGCAAAAUCAGAGAAAGUCAUGGCAAGCCUCCAGAAAUCUGGAUUACUCUGUGCUGCAGGAAUAGCAACUUCUCUAACAAACACAAGCCAACAAUGGGAUUUCCCGAAUGGAUGGGCUCCGGUGCAGCAUCUCAUAGCCGAGGGGCUGUUGCAUUCUGGAUCAGAGGAGGCGAUAAAAUUAGCCGAGGACAUUGCUACGAGGUGGGUGAGAACAAACUACGCCGCCUUCAAAGCAACCGGCGCGAUGCAUGAGAAGUAUGAUGUGGAGGCCUGUGGAAAAUCUGGAGGCGGUGGUGAAUACAAGCCCCAGACUGGUUUUGGCUGGUCCAAUGGUGUGGUAUUGUCAUUCUUGGAAGAAUUCGGGUGGCCUAAGCACAAGGAAAUAAAUUGCUCACGACAGGGUGAAGUUGGUCUCGCGGGAGCGCAAUCUGGUUAGGCUUACAACUGUACAUACACGAGAGUGGGUGUAAUGUAACACGGGGGCGCGCGCAUAGCCGCACACCGCAUACAUGCAAGUAUUUGCAUUGCAUUAUGCAGUCAGCCGGCAAGUGUUUUUUGUUUGUGUGUUCUGUUGUUUGCUCUUUGUUUUACCACGAGGUAGCAGAAUCUCCAUGUAUCUUCUGGGACAAUGUAGUAUGUACUAUAGUCCCAGCCCCCGUGUUAAAGUGAAAUAUCAUUUUUGCCCUCUUGAAUAAAUCAGUUCUGGUAGCC